UGUCGGCUCGGCUGUGACGUGCCCGUGUGACGCUGCGACGUCACCAACGGUCCUAACGGGGCGGGGCUCGUAAACAGAGAAAUCUAAAUAAAGGAUCGUGCAGAAUUUUUACUCCAAAGUAUCUCACUUUUCUCCACAAGUAAAAGGUAAAUCUCGUGUGAUGCCGAUACGCCGAGCAGCAGCGACUCCGACCCCGGAGAAGCCCCCCUCCGUUGCAGCAGAGGAAGAGCCUGAAGCAUCCUCAGAGGAGUCCCCCUCCGCUGAUGAGGAGCAGGCCGCAUCUUCAGCUGCGCCAGCCGAGGGCGAUGAGGGCGACGCUGACGCUGAGGCCGAGGGCGAAACAGGGCCCACAGAGAACGGAGAGAAGGCUGAGGGAGUGGCGGAGGAGAAGGAAGGAGAAGGGACCGGGAAGAAAGAUGACAAAUGCAAGGACUGCGCGGCUGGACAGUGUGCAACACACUGCUAUGUUCUCCUACUAAGGUUGAAGGAUGGCUACAAGUACAAGAAAGCCAAAGUCAAGAAGGUGAAAAGGACGAUUCCUGCAUGGGCCAGCGUCGCUGCCAGCAAAAAGCUUCCUGUCACCAACUUUGCAGGCACUCAGAACAAAGUGGAUAAUAUCCUCAUCGAAGCUAUUACGUCUUGUAAUGACAGAACCGGGGUUUCGUACCAGUCUGUCAUGAAAUAUAUCCUGAAAAAAUACCCGGGGAUGGAACUCGACAGGAAGAAGUUUCUCAUCAAGAAGGCAAUGAAGAAACAUUUGGAGAAGGGAACCAUCAAACAGCUGAAGGGUAAAGGACUUUCAGGAACCUUCACCAUUGGGAAACAGCCCACCUUGUCGAAGAAAGCUGCUCAGAAGAUGGAGUCUCUGGGAGAUGCUCUUCCUCUCAUCAUCACUCGGCUCUGUGAGCCCAAAGAGGCGUCCUACAACCUGAUCAAGAAAUACCUAGAACAGCACUUCCCCAACUUCAACAUCGAAAAGAGGCCAGACGUCCUGAAGUCAGCCCUGGUGAGGGCGGUAGAGAAAGGACAGCUGGAGCAGAUCACUGGGAAAGGCGCCAGAGGGACUUUCCAGCUGAAGCGUACCGGUAACCAGGUCCUGCUGAAAGGCACCAAUCUGGAGGACGCCAUCACCGCCGCCAUCACAGCCAUGAAUGAACCCAAAACCUGCAGCACCACCACCCUACGCAGAUAUCUAGUGGACGCAAACAAGGACAGAAAGGAGUACCAGUUAGUGGCCAAUCUGAGGAGGACCCUGACGAAGUGUAAAGUACUCGGCUGGAUGGAGCAGAUCACGGGUCACGGCUUCACAGGGACCUACCAGCUCUCCUUCCCAUUCUACCCAAGCCCCACCAUCUUGUACCCAGACAAGUUCAAAGAGCUUCCGAAGAAAACCCCCCCGCCUGCGACCAAGAGGAGGCGGACGGUGGAAUCUUCUGACGAGGAAGAGGAGGAGGAAGAAGAAGAUGAAGAAGAAGAGUCUGAGGACGAGGCUCCCGCCCAGAAGAGAAAAUCUCAGAAGAGGCCUCCACCCAAGGCUCGCCGUCCCCCACCAGCCAAGAAAUCUCGGAGCUCUAGUCAGUCAAAACCUAGUGGCAGGGGACGCGCUCCCUCCAAGAAGUCUCCAGCCAAGAAAGCAGUGUCCUCAGUGAAGAGACAAGGAAGGAAACCAUCAGUCGCUAAGAAGGAAUCCACAACGCCGUCUAAAGCCACCCCCGUCAAGAGAGGAGCUCCUGCAAGAAAGCCCAAAACACCAGCAGUAAAAAAGCUAAGCAAAAGGGGCUCCAAGCGACCGGUGUCCAGAGAGUCUACUCCAGAGCAGGAGGAGGAGGAAGUAGUCACAAAGGAGACGGCGAAGGGCGGGUCCAAGCGAUCAAAGGCUGAGUUGUCCCCUGAACCUGCAGUCAAAAAGGCAGCAACCAAAAGGCGGUCUGAACCCGAGGAGUCUCCAGAAGAGCCCGUCGUCAAAGGGGGGGCAAAGAACAGCAAGCAGUCCACUCGUAAGUCCAAGAGAGGGAAAUACUGAGGCCGGGAGCGGCUUCCACGAACUGGGCCGCUCUGAAUAUGCAGCAGUCUGCCGCUUUGUUUUAGUGCUCUCUCUUUCUCUCUCUUUUUAUCAUUUUCUCCCUUUUUAACAGGGCAGUAGUUUUUUUUAUUUCUAUUGUAGAAUAAGAACAUUAUCCUACCAAGUUUACUGUACAUUGAGAGUUUCUGAAUUUCCUUUUUAAUCACCAUGUUGUAGAAAAGCUCAGUUAGUGUUGCCGUUAAAACAGAUGUGACCAGCUGCCUGAUCGGGAAAGCAUAGCAAGAUCCGACAAACUGUAACUAGAGCCAUGUAGUGACUUCCGUUUUUAUAUCUGUUCCUCAUCCACUCUAUAAGCGUUGGCAGCACACGUUCCUAAUAUCAAAUCAGUGUUUUGGAGGGUUGAAAAAGAGUUCAUUUUAACUUAAAAACAUUUAAAUUGUUCCUAAUGACAUUAAUAUUUUAUAAAACUCUGAUUUUGAAGGUCUCGUCUUCUGUCCUGGGAUCAGAUUACAGUUUUUUCGGCCGUGCAGCACUGCAUCAGAACCUAAAUUUUUAUCUAUAUUUGUCCUUAUAUAAUUAUUAUUAUUAUUAUUACUAACAAUGAUUGAUGUUUGUUUAUUUAAAAAAAAAAAAAGCCCCUGACAAGAUAAGGCUCGAGGAUUAAACACUAUGUUAGUAUUCAUUUCAAACACACUGGGGGGGGGGAUGUCUUUUUU